GGCCCCGGGCCGAGCCGCUCCUUCAGCGCCGGUACCGCCGGAACCGCCGGAACCGCCGCCACCCCGGCACCGGGCGGGCCCCGGGCGGGCACCGGCACCCACCGCCCCGCCGAUGCGCCGGGCCGCCGACGAGCCCUGCGCGCCCGUUGGCUGAGGAACGAGGCGGUACCUGCGUCAGACCGCCGGCGCUGACGUCACGGGAGCCUGAGAGGGUGGAAAGGCUGUGAUGAAGAACCAGGGAGUGGAGACCAAAGAAGCUCCACGUCCUUCCAGAACAAGCAGCAGGAUGGGGCUGGAAGAGGGAGACUCACCAGAGGCUGCAGCAGCCCCGGAAGCUCCCCUCACUCAGGAGGAUCCCAAAUCCUCCCGUCCCGCCGUGCGCGACGUCUCCGAGGAGCUGAGCCGGCAGCUGGAGGACAUCCUGAACACCUACUGUGUGGAUGCCAGCCAGGAGAACCCGGGGGAGGACGGAGGGCAGGGAGAGCCCCCCGAGCCCGAGGAACCCGACAAGGGCCGGAGCGAAUCCCCCAGGAACGGGGAGCAGGAGCCGGGCGGCCCCGAGAUGAACGGGGAGAAGGAGAACACCAAGGGAAGCGAGGAAUUCCGGCCCGGAGAGGAGGGCGGCGAGCGGGAUCAGAAGAAGGCUCAGGAGAAGAAGAAAGCCAAGGGUUUAGGCAAGGAAAUCACUUUGCUGAUGCAGACCCUGAACACCCUGAGCACGUCAGAGGAGAAACUGGCAGCGCUCUGCAAGAAAUACGCUGAGCUGCUGGAAGAGCACCGGAAUUCCCAGAAGCAGAUGAAGAUCCUGCAGAAGAAGCAGAGCCAGCUGGUGCAGGAGAAGGAUCACCUGCAGAGCGAGCACAGCAAGGCCAUCCUGGCGCGGAGCAAGCUGGAGAGCCUGUGCCGGGAGCUGCAGAGGCACAACCGCACCCUCAAGGAGGAGGGCGUCCAGCGCGCCAGGGAGGAGGAGGAGAAGAGGAAGGAGGUGACCUCGCACUUCCAGGUGACGCUGAACGACAUCCAGCUGCAGAUGGAGCAGCACAACGAGCGGAAUUCCAAGCUGCGCCAGGAGAACAUGGAGCUGGCAGAGAGGCUCAAGAAGCUCAUCGAGCAGUACGAGCUGCGGGAGGAGCACAUUGACAAGGUGUUCAAGCACAAGGAGCUGCAGCAGCAGCUGGUGGAUGCCAAACUGCAGCAGGCCCAGGAGAUGCUGAAGGAGGCGGAGGAGAGGCACCAGCGGGAGAAGGAGUUUCUGCUGAAGGAAGCUGUGGAAUCGCAGAGGAUGUGUGAGCUGAUGAAGCAGCAGGAGACCCACCUCAAGCAGCAGCUGGCUCUCUACACAGAGAAGUUUGAGGAGUUCCAGAACACCCUCUCCAAAAGCAGUGAAGUGUUCACGACCUUCAAACAGGAGAUGGAGAAGAUGACCAAGAAAAUCAAGAAGCUGGAGAAGGAGACCACCAUGUACCGCUCCCGCUGGGAGAGCAGCAACAAGGCGCUCCUGGAGAUGGCAGAAGAGAAAACCCUUCGGGACAAGGAGCUGGAGGGGCUCCAGGUGAAAAUCCAACGCCUGGAGAAGCUGUGCCGGGCGCUGCAGACGGAGCGCAACGACCUCAACAAGAAGGUGCAGGACCUGUGUGCCCACACGGAGCUGCUGGAGCCCUUGAAGGACCCAUCCCGGGACAGCUCCGAGGCCGUGGGGAGCGCUCCGGAUUCCCUGAGCUCGGGAAAGGCCACGCAGAGCCCGGAUCCCGCGGAAAUCCCGGCAGAACUGAGCACGGGAGGCGCGGGGCAGAGCGGGACUGAGGAGGGGAUUCGGGGCACUGACUGAGCCCCGGGCAGGGCGCUGAGGUGUGGGGUGAGGGAGGGUGGCCUGGGAGCUGCUUGGACUCCCCUCUCCCGGUGCUGGGACAGGUGGAAAAGGACAGGACGCAGCCCUCCUGGGGAUGUGAGAUUUCCUAGCUUAGGUUUUUGGAGGGUUUUUUUUAAGAUAUAUAUAUAUAUAUAUAUAGAUAUAGAUAUAUAUAUAUAUAUAUAUGAGCUAUAUAAAAAUGUGCAGGGCAACACUUGAUCUGUGGAUAUCCAUGAGGAGCAGAAGGGCCCAGCUCCCUGCCUGUGUGAAUAUUGAAGCUAUGGAGCCUCAACUGAUCGUCCCUCUCGCUAAAAGACCUUGGCACUGGCAGGCUCAGGAAAGCAGAUCCAGCAGUGCCGGGGACAAGGGACACAAGGAGCCCAGCCUGGAGUGAAAGUGGAGCUGGGAGAAUUCCAGAGCAUUCCCAGAGCUGGAUUCUCCCUCUUCCCUCUGCCAGGCAGGAGGGAGCUCCCGGACUGGCUCUUGCUGGCAGCUCGUGUGUGAGCUGAGGGCACAAGAGGCCGUUCCCCUCCUCUCCGUGGGUUCUGUGUGUGGAAUGGGGACGAGGAGAAGCAGGAAGGGGGUGCCUGGUCCCAGCCCCGGGCUUUUUGCUCUUCCCAGGCCCUGCCAAUGUCUCAACCGCCUUACGAUUCACAGUUGCCUCUUUGCUGAACGCACACGUGCACAAAGUGUAUUAAACAGUUAAUCCAAAGGUCUCAUUCCCAAGUGUUUCGCAUCGUUGUGCACAGGGAUUGGGGAGGUGCCCUCGAGCCCCUCUGCCCCGGCCCUGGAGGCAUCCACGGAGCUGGGACUCGAGGAGGAUCAAACCUCAGCCCUGUGCGUGCUCCACGAGCUGCUGCUCCAGCCGGAUCGCCGGGAUCAGCUCCAGGACUGCGCCGUGGGGCUGCUCCUAACAUGGGCUGCCUGUGCUAUCCCAGCCCCACUUUUCCUUCCCCUCUCUGCCUGGAAGAGCAUCUCCCCAGCGCUGCCUCACCCUGCAGGGCCUGGAUGUGCUGGGAGGGAGUUUAGGGACAGACAUGGGACCUGCUGGCACCGGGUUUUGGGAUUUUCUUUUAGUUUCUCAAGGCUUUUCUCUUUUCGCUGUUCUUUUGGAAGACUUGACUCGCUUCAAACCUCGCUGCAGCUUCUCUUUGUGACAGACUUUACUCCCAGCGUUGCCUUCCUCCUGCUGGAAGCUGAAGCCAGCUGCCUGGAGACGUUCCCCACCGUGGAUGUGUCCAGUGGAUCGGUCUGGGAUUCUCUUCUGGCAACGCAGCUGCUCUCACAUCUUCCCUCCGUGAAGGACCUGUCUCCGUGUCCCCUUCUCCUCCAGGUGAUCCCAGGGAAUCCAGGUCUAAGGAAGGCAGCAGGGAUGGGCCCUGAGUCUCCACAGGACAUCCACUGGGACAAUCCCUGGAGCUGAGCGUGGCUUUGUCUUCCAGCCCCUCGCCCUCAGUGCGGUUCCCCCGGGAUGAUCCACGAAUGUAGCUCUGGCCUGGUGGGACCCCCCCAUUCCCAGCAGCCGGGCUGAGCGAGGGCUGCUGCCGGCAUCUGGACUUCUCCUCCCGCUGUUCAGUAAAAGGGAAAACCCCUUAGAAAUUCACCAAACCCCCUUUUUUCCCCAUCUUUUCCCCGUUACGGUACAGAAACCUCCGCGGGAGCUGUUGUGUGUAUCCUGUAUCCAAUAGAAACACUCCCGACCUCG